AUGUACACCGCGAUGGUAAAUCCGUGGAUCGGUGCUCCCUCCUUGCUUGAAGCGACUUGCAUCGACGAACUCGAAGAGACUCGUAUAGUAGAAGAUGUGUAUCUUACCGCAUGCGAUUCAAUCGCUGAAACAAUGCUUGCUCCUGGUGCCACUGAUGAGAAGUUUAAUAUUUGUCAGGAAAUAUGCUCCACCGAGAAACAUUAUAUUGCUAACCUCAAACUAUUACUCAAAGUAAAAGACGCUUUACUGGAACGCGUCUCUAAAAAUAAACCAUUAAUGGAGGAGGCAACAGUUAAGCAAAUAUUUGGAAAAAUUAAGCCGAUAGUAGAUGUUCAUGAGAAAAUUGUCGCAAAACUCGAGGACUUAAUGGAGAAUUUUGAUAGGAAAUGUCAUAAAAUUGCCGAG